CAGCGAAAUAUCCCUCGAAUAUCUCUCUCCCCUCUUCGAUUUUCUUCGCUCUGCCGUUUCUUCCAAGCUCGUCCAAUUAGGGCUUUUGCAGAGAGCAAAUCGGCUCCUCCUUUCUUCGCUAGGUAAAGAGAGAGAGAGAGAGAGAGAGAGAGAGCAGAAGAAGAAAGAAAGAGAGCAGAAAUGGCCGACGAGAGCACGAUGAACUGCAUCGACAUUAUCCUCGCCAUCAUCUUGCCUCCUCUCGGCGUCUUCCUCAAGUUUGGCUGCAAGGUGGAGUUCUGGAUCUGUCUGAUACUCACGCUCUUUGGCUGGAUUCCUGGCAUCAUCUAUGCCGUCUAUGCCAUCACCAAGAACUGAACUUGAUCGAGUGGCGACACGUGGGGAGGCUAGCGAGCCCUCCAUCCAACGGUCGCAGAUUUUCGAAUGCUCUUCGUAUUAAAUGUUUGUCAUUAGUUGUCCAAUAGCGUGGUGUUGUGAACGGUUUGUAUUUGGUGGAUUCAAUUUCUUUGUGUAAAGUGACGUGGCACUGUUUGGUUGACGUGGUUGUAUCCGAUUGUCGGCAGAUCUUUUUAUUCUUUUCUUUUGGUUUUAACUUUAAUCUCAUUUCUUUAAUUAAU